CGUUCCUUCCUUCGUUAUCGCGUUCUCCAAACUUCACCACAUUGCAUCUUUCGCUGAGCGCUCCGAAGCGCGCGUCCAAAGGCUGCGGAUCCGACCAUAGCCACGACUCACUGCUUAGUACUUACCAACGGGCACGCAGUUGCGAUAGCCUGACAAAGCCACACUUCAAACUUUCGCUCAGCUGAAGUCUUGGCUAUACCACGCGCCUUCUUGAACACCUGACCUUAUCUCGCAAAUAACCUCAUACCAAGCUUUCUGCACGCCUUGCGGAGUAACGGCCGGCGUGCACCACCGCAGACAUGAUGGCAGGCAGUGGAAUUCGACGGAAAGAUACCACAAAAGGACCGCCGCUGCGGAUCCUAUCGCUAGAUGGAGGCGGCGUGCGAGGGUACUCGAUGCUCAUCAUACUCCAGGAGCUCAUGCACCGCACAUUUGUCGAAACCGAGGGAAGAGCGCCAAAGCGACACGAAGUCCCAAAGCCAUGCGACCACUUCGAUCUUAUUGCGGGAACCGGUACCGGGGGGCUGAUUGCUAUAAUGCUUGGGCGGCUGCGCAUGGAUGUAGAGACGUGCAAGGACGUAUACGUGCGCAUGACCAGGAAGGUCUUCGAGACGGACAAGACAUUUGCUGGAAUACCGUACCGGUCAACGCUGUUCAAGGCGUCAAAAUUGGAAGAGGCUAUCAUGGAAUGCGUGCGGGAACACACCAUUUACGACGACGAAGGCAACGACAGAUACGACGGGUUGUCAUCAACGGCAGACCUACGAACACCAAUGACGCCUGGCAGCGCCAUAUCAGCUGGUCGACGCGUGGAAAGAAGUGCAAGCAACGCCAGCAAAUACAGCCAAAUUGGGACGGCGCCUGUCAACAUGCGCAUGGCCGCGCUGAAAUGGGGGAAUCCUCACGCGCAACUCUACGACAAUCGAGAAGAGCGCACUAAAACUGCCGUCACAGCAGUUUACAAGGGUACCAAGAAAGCUGGUACAGGCCAGAUCUGGCUCCGCUCAUACGACUCACGCAAAGAGCCUCCAGUAGAGCCUAAUGCGACCAUAUGGCAGGCCGGACGCGCAACAUCUGCCACAGCGCUAGCAUUCAAGCCGAUCCAGAUCGGACAAUCGGUGUUCCUGGACGAAGGCACUGGCAAAUACAAUCCUUCUCCCAUGGUGCUUGAUGAAGCAGUCUGCAAUGAGUGGCCUGGACGCGAAGUGGGAGUUUUCCUCAGUAUUGGCACCGGAAAGCGACCGGAUGGCACAAACGCACAGCAGCAUCUUUGGUGGGAAGGGUUUGUCUCUGGUGGCAUUGGAGAUUUUGCAGAAGCCCGGCGCAGGCUGAUUCAGAAGAUCGAAGACUGCGAAAAGACUCACAAAGACAUGAAAGACCAACUAGCGAAACGCCACGUCAACCCGGAGAACUAUUACCGGCUGAACGUCAACGUGGGUGUCGGCGAGUUUGGCAUGAACGAGUGGAAUGCGCUGGCCGAUAUCAGUACCAACACCCGCAUGUACCUUGCGGAGAAGACUGUGCAAGGAAUGACAUUGGACGCAGCCGCGAAGAUCGCGCGGAUACAUUUCGCAAAGCUACGCUGGGAGCGCGCACAAAAGGGGAUGUCGCCGUACGAUGGACCACAAGCACCGAACAAGCCCUUACCUGUUGUACCCGAGCCUUCGCCGCUCGCUGUAGAGUUGCCAGCCGAGGACGUCACACCGGAAUACCGAUUGACCAACCCCGAUGGAAACCAGAUUUCUUUCCAGGAGCAACACCGGCAGUCAGAUACCGACAAGUACCCUGUGAUAUCCUCAGAUGAAUACCCACAGCCAGUCAUGCACGACCUGCCACCGCGACACUCAGGCGAGCUCGUCUCGCCAGGUCGUCGCUCAGACGAGCAAUUUAACACAGGGCGGCCGGACUCAAUGGUCAGCUUGGAGACGCCGAGUUUCGAGGAGCGUCUACAGUAUGCUCACGCUCAUGCUCCACCAAGACCACCAAAGACACCACUACAAGACGACCUCAGACCAGCACCCUUGUCUCCACAUCGCACAUCACCGCCGAGCGCUGGACUUCCACGGCCACCACGAGGCGCACCAUUGCCUUAUCCAGAUACCGAUGGACCACCACCAGUCGUCAACAAAGCCACGAAACCUGAAUUUACGCGAUGAGCGCAGCAUAGCCGCACUUGCAUUUCGUAAUCUCAUCUAGCUCGCAGCGAGUUGUGCAUUGUAUGAGAUGACAUCACGAGCAACGAUUUCUUACCGUCACAAAUCAUUCAUAUCGAGCAGAUUUACGGCGACUUCGAUGAUCUCAGGGAUACCCAAUAUGAUCAGAGUUCGAUAUUUACGGCAGAUUUAACAACUCAUCUGGCAGUUCACUCGCAUUUCAUGUCCUGCAGCACGCAGAUUUGAAGUUUUGCAUAGUUUAGAUACCCUUUCAAUUCCACACGAGUUAUUCUUCA